AUGUCGUCGUUCCCUGCGUCCAAGUACUCGCGCUACAAGCGCGCCACCGCCUUCUUCCUGGACUGGCUGCUACGCGCGCGUGACCACGGACGUCACACAGGCAAGCGCGUGCAGCUGCGUCAUCGUGAAGGACAUUGCGGCGGAUCCGUCGAGUCUCACGCCCAAACUACUGUAGGAGCUUCACAAGGCCCUCGCUGCGUGUCAAUGCACUUCCUCGAGCUUCUGAGGAGCUGGCUCGACACUCUGAAGGGGAUGGAGGUGGACGAGGACUACUUCCCUGACGAGGACACGGGCUUUGGGGCCUCUGGGGUCCCCAAGAGAGCCAAGGCGGACAGGAAGAGGCUGUUCGAGGAGGCGUUCGCUGAAGAUCUGAAGCUGGAGCUGGUGAGCUACUUCUUGGAGCUGGAGGAGCUGGUGGAGGGGGUGUUUGACGUCUACGACCAAGUGAAGAAGCAGCAACACACGCUGGUGGAGGCCACAGUGGCGAAAGUGGCCAUGAACACGGUUAGCUCAAUGACGGCGCAGUUGCAGCUGAAAUACCCAGCACUCAAGACGGCGGAAGAUGUAUUCACUCUACUCAGGGAGCAAAUCCUCGAGAGGGUUCAGAAGCGUGUUUCCAAUGCUGUCACUGCUGCGCGGCAGAAGUUUGAGGAGGGGACGCCUUUCACGCAUGUUCCAGGCAUGCUGCUGAUUGACUUCGAGAACGUUUUGUGUACGUUGAAGACUUUUGCGGGCCUUUUCCCGGAGUCGACCAAAGGAGGCAGGUUGUUUCUACAGGGCUCUUUGGGGGAAAGUUAUGGAGAAGACCGGACUCCUGAGUACGUGCUACCAGACCCCAGCUCUAGACUGGUCAUCCUGAUCGCGCAGCAGUUGCCGAUGUUGUACAACGCGUAUGUGGAUAGGGUGAACCACACUGGAUCUGGAUUCGAUCAGUUUGGAUUGGUGAGCUCAUUUAUGAAGCUCACGUCAGUCGUGGCGCUGCAAGGAAAUGCUGAUCUCGACGACCGGAGGCGGUUCUACGACCAGAUUUUUACAAGUUUUAGCGGCAUCCAGUCGAGGUCAGCAGGUUGCGCGCUUAAACCCUUCUUCGAACUGGAUAACGACUUCCAGUUUUUGCGCAUCGCGCACGACCUGGUGGUGUCGACGACGGCCUUUCGUGCGUUUGGCCACGUGUACAAUGCGCUUGUGAACGAAGGUUAUCUCGAGCAUAUCCCGUUUUUCGACGACGUAUUGAGGAUUUACGAGCACAUGAUAUUCACUCCUUCUCAAGCUACGGCGGAAGUAGUUGAGACGCGUGUUCUCUCUCGGGACAUGGUGACGCUCAACGGCGAUCUUGCUGAUGUACUCUGUGAAAUGUUCGACGUGUUGAGCGAAGGGUACCUCGAUCUACUUCCUGAGGCGGUCCCUGGGGAGUCUCGGAAUGAUCGCCUCGAUCGCGCGUUGGAGAAUUUGAGGCCUGUCUUGGCACUGUUGGAUUCCUUGCAGCAAAAUGGUAGUACCAUGGACCCCAGUAUGAUUCCGGCGGAAGCUCGUAACGAGAAUAUGGGAAGCGAGCGUCUCCAUGAAGGAUGCAGACAGAUUUCAGCCAUAGUCAAAGCCAAAUUUGCGUCGUCAUCAGGCUUCUGCGAGGAUAAAUACUUGACUUACCCCACCCAGGCGGACUUUGUCCGGCAUGAGUAUGGGUCGGCGUCUUCGAAGGGGUAUACGGAGGCGGAAAACCAUGAGGAGGUGUUUCACGAGCUGAUGAACUUGCUGCAAACAAGCAAUGGUCCACUCCAUGAAAGAAAGUUGGAGCACCUGAAAGACGAAAUCAAGAAAGAUCCUGACCUGCUGGCCAUGGUGUCCCUCCGUAAAGAAUCGGACGAAAUUGACGUCAAUGCGGUUGGAUAUCCCGACGACGAUCUCUGUGCACUGUUCCACCAAGCCGCAGCCAGCCCUAGUCACGAUUUGCACCUCGUCGAGUGGAUGAUUCAAAUGGGGGCGCUAGGUCACGAUGACAUUGUGUGCACGAUUGUGGGUGCAGACAACAUGCUGGACCUGGACACGCCAACCUUUUACGUUGGCGAAACACUUGCACAUUUGGCUGUCAAACAUGGCCAUCGGGAUGUGUACGAUCUGGUCGUUUCGGAGAAUUGUGACACCAAGUUCACCGUGUUCGUGGUACAUACGGCACAACUCCUGGUUUCCAUGGACAGGAAGCCUCAAGCUCGUGAAAUUCUAGAUGUGUUGGAGAAGCGACUGCUGAAAACGCCCUUCGACAAACGAGAUCCGUCGGCGUUUCGAGCGGUCGUGCAGAUGUCCUCUGCAGCGCGCGAUAGUGUGGGUAUGGGGCCGCUAAGCUUCUGCGAGGACUUGACGGACUGGUUCACCCAGUUGACGACCACAGUGGAUACGACGAACGAGCAGUUCGAUGAACUCAAGUCAGCGGUGAAGGGGAUUUCUGAGCUGAGUGGAGUGGUGUGUCUUCGCGGAGAAGGCAAACGGGUGGUGUACGGUGGCGCCACCAAAGUGGAGGUGAAGCAAGUCCGUGAAAGCAUGGUGGAGGCUGCUAAAGGUGUUGGGGUCCAGUUUGAUGAUGAAAGCUCGAAGGCUUCCACAAGCUCCGUGCGCGUCGGUGAAUUUGAGAUUUCGGUGCGUGGAGCCUUUCGCAAUGCUGUAGCGGCAUGA